AUGCCAGGCGUACCCCGUACUCAUGUGUUCAAUGACGCCACCAGCCUGGAAAGGCUCGACCGCGCUGUCGAAGAUCCAGCGAGCAAGGGUGUCAGGAUAAUAUCGCUGGCAGGAACCCGGGGGACCAGCCCUCUCGAGAUAACUUCGCCAGUAGCUGCACGGCUUUUGCGACAGCAUUGGGUGAGGCCAGAAUAUUUGAGAAUACUGCUAUCCUUCGGCAACAUACCGCUGGAACCUGAAGCAAGGAAUAGCUACGUCAGCUUCCAUCAGGACGUGAAUGGAAAUGUUUCUCUGGCAUAUCGGCUCGUGUAUUCCGAGCGAAACCGCGCGGGAGCAUGGACGCUGAGGCAGAUCGGAAUCUACCAUCACCGGCCCCAAAGUAGAAGCUUGAGUGUCUUUGGUGACCUGCUCAUUCUAGCAGCUGGCACCCGCCAGACUCGCUUUUUCGCGACUCUGGAGGAAGCUCUGGCUCCAAAUCCGGCCGGGACACCAAAUUCGGCUGCGAGGAGUCUGGAGACCAACCCCUGGUCAUUUCACACGACUUUGCUCGCAUGCUACGCUGAUAGCUGGCGGGAUUACUUCCGCUAUUUAGGCUCCCAAUAUUCACCCAUCGGCGACAGGGCCAUGGGUACAAUGGGCCUUCGAGUUGACGACGAGACGAUCCGCAACGUCAAAACGCUCCGACACCUUUACGACCUCUCUUUGUUUGGCGGGGCUGCAUGUGCUAGCAACGUUGACAUUGCGCGCGCACUGGUGGCUCGCUUCCCGGCCAUCCCACAGGGCGAAGCCGACUCCCUCAGGGCAUCGGCCGACAUGCUCGGGGAGCUGGCAGAAAGCUGCGGGGUGCUCCAGAAGAAGAUCAAGAACGUGACGGACCUCGUGGGCCACCUGAUCGCCUUCCACUACCAGGUGGAGACGGCCAAGCUAGAAAGCGAGGUGCGGGACGUGACGGCGCGCAUGGCCACCCUCACUGAGGAGAACAGGGACCUCACGAAGCAGCUGCGCGAGCUGGCCGAGGGCACGAGCGAGAUGACGAGGCGGCUGCGAGACCUGACGCAGAAUACGGCCAGCGACGGCGCCAUCGUCAGCGUCAUCACGGUGGUUUCGGCCGUGUACCUGCCCGGUAGCUUCGUGGCGACCGUGUUCGGCAUGAACUUCUUCAACUUUGAUGAGGGCGCCCGCAGCAUCAUCAUAUCGCUAGACUUUUGGAUCUUCGUGGUGCUCUGGGUGGUUUUGAUGAUUCUGACCGCGGGUAUCUUUGCGACUAUCUAUCAUAUGAAGGGUGGGGACGCCUCGUUGCUAUGGAAAAGGCUGACUGGCGGCGGCGGCGCAGGAAGAGCAGGGUCGAAGGUCUGA